AUGGCGGGGGCGGUGGCGGUGGCGGUGACUGUGUUGGAAAUGGCGGCGGAAGCGGUGGCUGUGGUGGAGAAGGUGGCGGAGGCGGAAGUUGUUCCAGGCCAUUUUAUUGCUUACGACAAAAACAGUCUGGACGCCAAGUACAUGAGACUGGAGAGGGCGUGGUGCGGGCAGCUGCGGCGCGGCGUCGGCGGAGGCGGCGCCGAGGGCAGAGGGUUUAAUGGCCGCGCGUUGCAAGUGUUUGAGAUUCCAGAGCCCGCGCCGCGCCGCGCCGCUCGCCUCGUAGAGCUGCCAGAGGCCCCGGCGGAGAAGGCCGGUGACGCGGCCGCGUCUCCGCGAGGAAUGAAAUUAGCGUCUCGCUCUGCGAGGAGAUACGCGAGCAACGCGCGCGCUGCCCCUCACGAGUUGCUGGCACAGGAAGCGUUUGGGGAAAACAUUGAAAUUCCUCAAUCUGCUAUAAAACAAUUCAUCUCUGAUCAUAAUAACAAGAUCUUAAACGAUUAUAAAUCUUUAAAAGGUGGCUUACGAUGUGAAGUCUUUAAAAUCGCUCCAUUUCACGGUUCGCCGCGCGCUGUUCUCGCCCUAACCCGCCUCACCCUCGCCUUUGUUGCGGCGGCGCGGGACGUUGGGGUGCGACGCGGCGCGGGCGGCGGGGGCGGCCGCGGGAGGCGCGGGAUAGGUCAGCGCGGGCACCGCUGCUCCGUGCGCGCCGCCGUCGCCAACCGCCCAUCCCACUCCCAGACCAUCGGCGGAGCUCGGAGAGGUCACACGGCGGCACCGGCCUACCUGGCGAGCCGAGCUGGUGACUCUGGUGCCGAUCGGCCGAGGCGUCGCCUUUGUCAUCCCCAGGGAGCGCAGUGCGUCUGCAGCCCGUCUCCGCCACCGCCCGCGCGCAUACCCACGGGGCCGCAAUGCCAUUCCGCGCUGCGAGGACCUGCAGGAGGCUGCGGGGCGCGAUGGGCGCUUUUCUCCGCGCGCCCGCCAUCGCUCCCUCCCUCUCCCUCUCUCCCUCUCACUCGCUCCCGCCGCCUCUCCUUCUUCCUCGCGCCCGCCCGCCCUCCGCCCGGCCGCUCCAAGCCGUCUCCGAGUGCGGUAAUCGCCUUGGAAUGCGCGCGAGUGCCCGUCGCAGCCCCGCCGCGCCAGGCCGCGCCGCACGGACUCCGGUUCGGUUUAAAACGUUAUAAGCAGGACUAG